AUGCCAGGGGACGGUAAUGGUCCGCCUCGGUUACGGGUCAAGGAUUUAGCGAAGAGAUUCGAAGAGAUCAGCACUACUCCAUUCCCGCAAUCGAGCCGGUCACAGAAGCGGGUCGGCAAAUUUCGAAUCAUCGCUUCAAAUGAUCCGAUCAAGGUAGGCGUUGCGCGGAAGCGGAGCUCGUUGAAGAAGAAAGCGUUGAGUAGCUACGAGAUUUAUCAAGCAAAGCACUCAACGCGUCGCAAAUCUCAGUCACUUUCCAGGGCGACAAGUAAAGAAUCUUUAGCGAGUUCUUCCGGUUCGAAAAGUCGUCUUUUCAUUGCCACCACUCGCCAACAGCCGCUUGUCGCCUGCACAAUUGAGAAAUUUGCGCAAAAAGUUGCUCAAGAAAACCCGGAGAAACCAAUGUUAAUGUCUCCGCGAGGUGAAAAGCCAGCGUUGCCCGCGAAACCGCAACGAUUGAGCUCAAAAAAUUCUGAAGCUCUGGCGGCUCGCACAGAUUCUUAUAAAAUCGCCACACAACAAAUCGAAGCAAAACCAUCGACGUCAAGCCAAAUAAACGAAAACGAAGAAAAACCAAAUGUUCAACUUUCACCGGCUUCAAGGCCAGCCAAGGCACCCCCACCAGCGCCACCAUCAAAGCCGCCAUCAAAGGAGAGAAUAUUGAGGAGAGGCACAGGAAGAUUGUGCCGAAGCGAUUCGAUCUCCUCGGACUCCGUCUAUCAAGUCCUCGAUUCCUACGAAGAAAUGCCCACAUUUCUGCGACAAAACGAAUUCGUGCCCAGAUUGCCCUCAUUACCCCCACCGCCAGUCCCUUCAUCAACUCGCCUCUCAAAUCCUCAAAAUUCUGUCAUUUCUGCAAUCCGCCCUUUACCCGAAUUACCAAAAACUCUCCCGACGCUUAAUUUUGCCGAGAAAUCGCCUAACCAUGAGCCGAAUCACCGAAAGUCGAAAGCUGAGCUUGAGAUUCGGCCAAAGACUCGUCCACCAUCACCCCCGCAAAUCUCUCCACGAAAUUCCGAUGAUCAAUUUGAUGAAAAGAAAUAUGGGAAUUUAAGUGACCAAAUCACAAUCAAUAGUCAACAAUCCACGCCAACAAUGAGAGUUCUUUCGAUUGAUGAGAGUGAUUUGUAUGAGGAAAUCGGAGGCGUUGAAAGGGGAAAUCAGCCUGGUUCUUCGACGUCCGGCUCAACGAGUAACUCUGACUAUGUUACCUCAAUCUAUUGUGGUGGAGAGGCAGAGAUUUGCACAAUGAAAUCAUCUUGUAACUGCGUGAAUUGCAAGACGCGACGCACAUUGACGACUUCAACACACGAAUUGAGCACUUAUGAUAAGCCAUCCCUUCAAGAGCGCAAUUGUUCAACUCUUGGACGAGCUUUAGGCCGAAAAAUUCGUCCAGUGAGCACGAUCGAGUUCGACAAAUUGAUCAAAUUCAAGAGUGAUUUUCAUCUAAAUCUCUCGAAAAAGAUGGAACGCUUACGCAAAAGGGUGGUGGCUGAGAAAAAUCGGCGAUCAGCGCGCUUCACAUUGAAUGCUCAAAAAUUGGACACCGAUCGAUACGGGGGAAUGAAUAAUGAGGAUGAUAAGUACAUUUAUGGAGAUGAUUGGUCGACGGAUGACGGAGAGGUGGAAAUCGCAUCACCUGAUCUUCAUCAACCGUCACUUCAUGAAGUGAUGGAGCCACAUCUUCAAGAGGCUUUUCCCAGCUUGGAACCAGAAUGCUCAACGAUUAGUUCAACAAUUUUGUGUGCUCAAGAGAAUGAGGAUCUUUGUUUCUCGCCUGAAGUUCAGGAAAUGACAAUUGGCUUGGAUGGAGUGAGCGUUAAAGAUGAGGAUAUUGAAAACGGAAAAUAUUUUGAAGCAAGAUCUCUAUCGUCUCGUUUACAGAAUUCACAACCAUUAUAUCAGAUUUACAUGUUAACUGAACAAGAGAAAAUUCUUGAGGCUCAGUUGAGCGAGGUGAGACGAACGGGCGAUUCGGCGAAAGCAACGACUCUCCGCCGCGAGUCUUCUUCUUCAUCCUCGGAUUCCGGUUUACGCGCUGAUUGCUCCCAUUCAACCACACAUUCAUCAUCAGCAUUGACUUCUAGUACUUCGUUGAGAAGAGAUAGACUUGAAAGCGUUCGCUAUGGGAGUCAGCGGAGUUUAUGGUGUGAAUUGCCUGAGGUGAAAAAUGCUGGCCUUUUGGAAACACUCGACGAGGAGACUAAACAGCUACAAGAGGCUUAUUUUGAGGUGAUAACCAGUGAAGCAAGUUAUCUCCGAUCAUUGAACAUUUUGAUCACGCAUUUUAUGGCUGACAAAGCGAUGCUUGGUUCAAAAAGCAGUGUCUCUGUGAUAUCAAACGAUGAUCGGAAGCAUCUCUUCAGUAACAUUUUUGCCGUUAGAGACUCAAGUGAACGUCUUCUUGUCGAUCUCGAAACUCGUCUCGAUGAGUCGCUUGUUUUGGAUUGUAUCUGUGACAUUCUUAUGCAACAUUUCGACACAAAUUUCGAUGCUUAUAUCAAAUAUUGCAGUAAUCAGGUUUAUCAAGAUCGAACACUUCGACGCCUCAAAACAGAGAGCUCAGCUUUUCUGGCGGCUGUGAGUCGCUUAGAAGCGGAUAAACAAUGUCAAGGUCUUGAUAUGCGAUCGUUUUUGAUGCUACCAAUGCAAAGAAUCACAAGAUAUCCACUUUUGAUCUAUGCAAUUUUGGAACGACAGCCAAUUGGAUCGGAGAGUCAUCGAGUUGCGGCAAGGACACUGGCGUUAGCUAAUCAGGUGGUGUCAAAUUGUAAUGAGGGAGCGAGAAGGAUGGAGAGAACCGAGCAACUUCUUGAUGUCGAUCGCCGAUUGCUCUACAAGGACAAUGAUCUCAAACGUAUUCCCCUUGUGACCGCGAAUCGCCAUCUCGUCAAACGGGGUUGUCUUUACGAGUUGUCGGAAAAGGGCACAAGAAGUCUAUUGCAUAGCCGUCAAAAAGCUCGUCACAUCUAUCUCUUUCUCUUCAGCGAUCUCUUGCUAAUCACAAAGCAAAAGAUGAAUGGCACUUAUGUUUGUCAGGAUUAUGCAGAGCGGCGUUUCGUCGAUACAUCACCGCUAGAACCUGAGAAUCCAAAGAUUCCUUGCGGUUUAUUGCAUCAACUUCCCACACGACCGCAUCUCUUUUCUUGUGUUCUAAUGCGAAAUGCUCGUGGAAAACAAUCGGAGUGGCUCCUUUCCGCAGACAGUGAAAGUGAUCGAGAGCGCUGGCUAAGCGCGAUGCGGCCACCAGCGAGUGCGAAUCCUGAAGAGAAAGUGUACGCGGAAUGGGAUUGUCCUCAAGCGGUGACAAUGCACGCGUACAGUAAAGCACAAGAUGAUGAGCUGGAUCUUUCAGUUGGAGAACAUGUGAACAUUCUGAGGAAGAUGCCCGAUGGCUGGUUCUACGGUGAACGAGUACGCGAUGGGGUUGGUGGAUGGUUUCCAUCGAGUUACGUUCAACAGUUGAUCAACGAUCACACAAGAGCCAAGAAUUAUCGUCAGAGACUCCGUCUGAUUCAGGCAGCAGCCGAUCUCCGAAACGAUCACCCACUCUCAAUCGGCGCUCGUUCCACGCGUCCACCAGCUCUCAUUCAAAAGCUUCGUCGUAUGAGUAAUCCAAAGCAACUCUUUCAAUCAAAUUCCCAUGAGAAA